GGAAAUAUUUGCGCCCGCCGCGGCAUAUAACGAACGGGAAGCAAACCGCCCAAGGCGCAACGCAGCCGCGCCGCACGCCGACCUCCUCCCCCUGCUCUCACAGCCCACGAGCGCCUAGGCCUCGCUUCCUCCCUCCCCGAGCGCUUCCCAAGGCGCGCCGUCCCCCGAGGCGUCAGCAGGGACGACGACCCGUCCGAGGGCGGCGAGGGGUUGCGCGCGCUUCGUCGGUCGGGGAGGGAGGAGGCGACCCGGCGCUGGGCGGUGCGUGGGGUUCGUUCGUUCGUCCGCAGCCAUGGACGGGGAGAGGGGGGAGGCGCUGGUGGUGGACUCCGGCGAGAAGCGCCUCAACGAGCUCGGGUACAAGCAGGAGCUCCGGAGGGAGAUGACGCUGUUCAAGACGCUGGCCAUCUCCUUCUCGACGAUGACGCUCUUCACGGGGAUCACGCCGCUGUACGGGACCAGCCUGCAGUACGCGGGGCCGGCCUCCCUCGUCUGGGGCUGGGUCGUUGUCUCCUUCUUCACCUGGUUCGUCGGCGUCGCCAUGGCCGAGAUCUGCUCCUCCUUCCCGACCACUGGCUCUCUGUAUUUCUGGGCUGCUCAUUUGGCUGGUCCAGUCUGGGGUCCGUUGGCAUCUUGGUGCUGCGCUUGGCUGGAGGCCAUCGGCCUCAUUGCCGGAAUUGGCACGCAGGCAUAUGCAGGCUCCCAAGUAUUGCAGAGCAUCAUUCUACUCUGCACUGGCACCAACACGGGCGGUGGCUAUCUGGCCCCGCGCUGGCUAUUCCUGGUCAUGUACAUCGGGCUGACGCUGAUCUGGGCCGUGCUCAACACCUUCGCGCUUGAAGUCAUCGCCUUCCUCGACGUGAUCUCCAUGUGGUGGCAGGUGAUCGGUGGCACCGUCAUCGUGGUGAUGCUCCCGCUGGUGGCGAAGACCACGCAGCCGGCGUCGUACGUGUUCACCCAUUUCCAGACGGCGCCGGAGGUGACCGGGAUCAGCAGCGGCGCCUACGCCGUCGUCCUGUCCUUCCUGGUGAGCCAGUACUCCCUGUACGGGUACGACGCGGCGGCGCACCUGACGGAGGAGACCAAGGGCGCCGACAAGAACGGCCCCAUCGCCAUCCUCUCCAGCAUCGGGAUCAUCUCCGUGUUCGGGUGGGCGUACAUCCUCGCGCUCACCUUCAGCAUCCAGGACUUCAGCUACCUGUACAACCCCAACAACGAGACGGCCGGCACGUUCGUGCCGGCGCAGAUCCUGUACGACGCGUUCCACGGGCGGUACCACAGCUCGGCGGGCGCCAUCGUGCUGCUCUUCGUCAUCUGGGGCUCCUUCUUCUUCGGCGGCCUCUCCAUCACGACGAGCGCGGCGCGCGUGGUGUACGCGCUGUCGCGCGACCGCGGCAUCCCCUUCUCGUCGGUGUGGCGCCGCAUCCACCCGCGGCACAAGGUGCCGGCGAACGCGGUGUGGCUGUGCGCGGCGGUGUGCGCGCUGCUGGGCCUGCCGAUACUGCGCAUCAACGUGGUGUUCACGGCCAUCACGUCCGUGGCCACCAUCGGGUGGGUGGGCGGCUACGCCGUGCCCAUCUUCGCGCGCAUGGUGAUGCGGGAGGAGGACUUCCGGCCGGGGCCCUUCUACCUGGGCGCCGCCAGCCGGCCCGUCUGCCUCGUCGCCUUCCUGUGGAUCUGCUACACCUGCGCCGUGUUCCUGCUCCCCACCUCGUACCCGAUCAGGAUGGACACCUUCAACUACGCGCCCAUCGCGCUCGGGGUCUGCCUCGGCCUCAUCAUGCUCUGGUGGGCGCUCGACGCCAGGAAGUGGUUCAAGGGCCCCGUCAGGAACAUCGACGACCACAACAGCAACGGCAAGGUCUGAGCGCCGCAGGCAGCGAGCGAUCGACCGGCUCCAUUCUUUCUUCGUUUCUUCUUGGCCUCUUGGAUGGCCGUGACCGUGUGGGUAUGCGUGAUGCUGGAUGGAUGGGGUUUAGUUUAGGUUGUGGUGGUGAUAGACUUGUGUGUGGUAUACAAGGAAGGAUGGAUGUAGGUUUGAAAAAAAAGGAACUCUGAAGCAUUAUGAAAACAAGGGAAAUGUUGCGCAA